GAGCGGAAGUGGCGUCCCCGGACGCUUUAGGGAAGGUAGCCGCGGAAUACACUGAAACCCGGGCAGUUGGUGGACCGCGUAGGCCUCCCUAGGCCGCCAUGAACCGGCUCCAGGACGACUACGAUCCCUACGCGGUGGAAGAGCCGAGUGACGAGGAGCCGGCUCUGAGCAGUUCUGAAGAUGAAGUUGACGUGCUCUUGCAUGGAACUCCUGACCAAAAACGAAAACUCAUCAGGGAAUGUCUUACUGGAGAAAGUGAAUCAUCUAGUGAAGACGAAUUUGAGAAAGAAAUGGAAGCUGAAUUAAACUCCACCAUGAAAACAAUGGAGGAUAAGUUAUCUUCUAUGGGGACAGGCUCUUCCUCGGGAGUUGGGCGUGUUGGCGGAGUCACAGCAAAGUACUAUGAUGACAUUUAUUUUGAUUCCGAUUCUGAGGAUGAAGACAAAGCCACACAAGCGACCAAGAAGAAGAAGAAACAGCGCAGAAUUCCAACAAAUGAUGAGUUACUGUAUGAUCCUGAGAAAGAUAACAGAGACCAAGCCUGGGUUGAUGCACAGAGAAGGGGUUAUCAUGCUUAUGGCCUGCAGAGACCACAUCAGAAGCAACAGCCGGUUCCGAACAGUGACGCCGUUCUGAAUUGCCCUGCCUGCAUGACCACCCUGUGCCUUGAUUGCCAGAGGCACGAAUCCUACAAGACUCAGUACAGAGCAAUGUUCGUGAUGAAUUGUUCGGUCAACAGAGAGGAGGUUCUAAGGUACAAGAACCCAGGAAACAGGAAGAAAAAGCGGGGCACUAAGAAGAUGAGGUCGAACCCUGAAGGUCCUGUGGAGACAGACGCGGAGGAGGUCUAUCACCCUGUCAUGUGCUCAGAGUGUUCUACUGAAGUGGCCGUCUAUGACAAGGAUGAAGUCUUCCACUUCUUCAAUGUGUUAGCAAGCCAUUCCUGAGGAGCGACAGGGAGACCAGAAGAUGGUAUCGGAUCCCCAGGGACUGAAGCUACGGACCGGACCGUUGUGAGCUGCCAUGUGGGUGCAGAGAAUUAACUAAUCUGGUUCCUCUGGGAAGAGCUGCCGGUGCUCUUAACAGCCGAGCCUUUUCUCCAGCUCUAAUGUGUGCUUGUUUCUUAGGUUAAACCCAUAGACACUUAACUUUAAAUCAUCUGAUGUUUUCACCACUAUCUAAUAGGAAGAAUAAUUGUGCUGACUUUACCUGGUAGAAGUAAAACGGGCUAAAAACCAUGUAGGAUGUUGUAAUGGCAAGAACCCCGUUUCUGCACUGUGAAUGACUACCAGAGAGGGAUGGUUGUUGACAAACUGUGUUUUAGCUUUUGAACAGACUGAGACAAAUAAGUUUCCUUAACUA